AUGAUCAUGUUAAUAUUGAUUGUACAAGUCAUUUAUUAUCUAAGCCAAUUAACAAAGGUCAUAAAUGAGGUCACAGACAAUUUGGUCUUGAUCUUAGGUUAUCGUCUAGACAAUUUAGUACUAGACGACCCUUUUAAAGAUUAUUAUAAUCUGGAUACUGAAAAGAAUAACCAUACAGAAUUAUAUUCAGCCAAUAAUAAUGAUCAAAUUUGUUCUCAUGGGGUUUCCAAUCAAGUCACUAGUGAACAUGUUUCUGAUAUGUGUAAAGAGAUGAAAGUUAUGUUUAUACAAAGUCAAAAUCCUGGUUCAGCUGCAGUUGCAGCUGUUGGAAAAAAUAAUGAAAAUAUUAAAUUUUUAAAAGGAUGCAGAUUGGAAUACUUAGCACAAUACCGUUCACAAUUCAAUAAUGAUCUUAACUUUUACGUGAAAGAAUAUGUAAAAAUUAAUAACAUUUCAAGUAUACCAAGUGAAGAUGAUACAGCAUCAUUUGUAAACAAUACUUUUCUUAAAAAUAUUUUCUUCACUCAAUUAGCUGUUAUCGAAGAAGAUGAAUUGUUCAAUAAUAUAACUAUUAUCAAUACUUUAAAGAUACUUUUAAAGAAAGCAUUUAUAUUACAUCUGAUACUUGAAGUUUUACGUUUAACCAACUAUAAUGUGGAUAACUAUCAUACAUUACAACAAGUAAAGGAAUUAGAUCAUUAA